CAACUCUCACGAGUAGCAUCCAUUCCAAAAUGUCUUCAUCGUAUGAUGUUCUUGUCACUGGCUCGGCUGGCCAUCUUGGAACCGCUCUGAUGCUUACCCUGCCUUCCCUAGGCUUCAAACCACUCGGCAUCGACAUCCUCCCCUCCCCAACGACGACACUUGUGGGAUCUGUUAGCGACCGAGACUUCAUCGCCUCCCUCUUCGAUUCUUACCCGAUAAACCACGUUCUCCAUGCCGCGACACUGCAUAAACCGCAUGUUUGCAGCCACAGCAAGGAGCAGUUCAUCUCGACCAACGUUGUCGGCACUUUGAUUCUCCUAGAAGAGUCCUCUAGAUCCAGGACGCAGAUAGAGAGCUUUGUCUUCUUCAGCACAACGAGCACAUUUGGUAUGGCGCUCAGUCCCAAGCCAGGACAACCAGCUGCUUGGAUCGAUGAAUCUGUUGUGCCUAUCCCAAAGAAUAUAUAUGGUGUGACGAAGAUUGCGGCCGAGGACAUGUGCGCGCUGAUGCAGAAGCAAAGUGGAAUGCCCGUCUUGGUUCUCCGAACUAGUCGCUUCUUUCCCGAGGAAGACGACGAUGAAGACCGUCGCGCCGCCAUGGGCGAUGAGAACCUGAAAGUUCUAGAGCUCGCCUACCGCAGAUGCGACAUUGAUGAUAUUGUCAGCGCAUCGGUUUGCGCAAUGAGAAGGGCCAAGGAUAUUCUAUGGGGGAAAUAUAUCAUAAGCGCCCCGCCACCUUUCAGCAAUGAUAUUCACACUCUCGAUGCUUUGAAUCGGAGUCCCGAGGAGGUGCUGAGGAAGGCAUUUCCUGAUGUGGAUGUUGUUUUCAAGGAGAAGGGGUGGAAGCACCUCGCGAGGAUCGACAGAGUGUAUGAUUCAAGCAGGGCAGUGAAGGAACUAGGAUGGAAUCCAAAUUAUACAUUCGAAAAGACCGUGGGGAGAUUGGUGCGUGGCGAACAGUGGAAGAGUGAUUUGACAACGAGGGUAGGCAUGAAAGGUUAUCAUGCUGUGAGCACCGGGGUGUAUACGAAGAGAUGAGCCUAUAGGGGUCGGAUCUGGAUAGGAUUGUGGUUUACCCGCCUGAGGAGAGCGCGAAGGGGUUGUUUUGGGAUAGGACUUGGAGGUAAACUAGUAUAUGGUCAGGCAUGGUUUGGUGCGCUGUAAUCCUCCUAAAAUUAUCCCUGGGCUACUAACCGAUAUUUGAACAAUGAUAAGAGAGCUCUCUGAGGAAGAUAUUACUAUAGCUAGAAUCAAGCUAGUCCAAUGGUGAAUAAAGUAGAAUAUGUAUCUCCCAAGGUAGUUCUAUCUUCUAGGGCAUCAUCCUCCUCGAUGAACAAAGCU